AUGGCGAACCCCAAUGAGGUGAGGAACAAGUUCUACGGGGAUCUGCACGUCCUCCUCUUGAUUAAGCCAAAGGCUGACAAGCCGACUGUCCAUGGUGACUGCGAUGUUUGCGUCGGGACUGACCACGCUGCCUGGGAGAGAUUCUUGUGUCCCUAUGGAAUCGGCGACCACAACGACAACAACCUUCUCCUCCUACAGGAUUGCGCGAAACCCAACCUCCUCCUUCUCCUUCUACUCCUCACCAGCACCUUCUUUCACUUUUUAAAGUGGGAGAAAGAAACCUGGAUGCACCCUAGUUCGCGGUGGUCGAAAGCUUCUAAGCUACUUUCUCAUCCAAAAGCGAGAGUGCCACGACUUGCUAAUGACAAAGAUGAUGCGCAAUGUCGACGACUGGAUGGAUCACCGCUCCCGAGACUCCAAGAUGUAGACUCAACUGCAACCUCUCAGGAGGCCACAAUGUAGGUGACCAUCAGGUACGUUAAAUGCUGUUCUCUUGAAUGUGAUCGCUAACCCCUUCGAUUUAAGCAAUUAAAUUACCCAUCGACUGGAAGACCCGCAGGCUCCUGUCAGUAAUGCAACGUGAGACCAUGGCUAUGCCAACUGCAAAACGUCAUCCAGUCCUCCCCACUGGAUGUCCUCGGACGCGCACAUAGACAACACAAGAACCGGCUUGACGACAAAGAAGUACACGCCCGGAAUUUACUCGCCGAAACCAGCUGACUGCACAAAGUCUGUGGUGAGGUAGCGGACUAAUUUACCUUUGACAAGUUAGUCCCCUUUUCUUUGCCCCGAUUACUUGUUUGAAUGUGACGAAAGACAACACACCUGGACAACCCGCCUUGCUGGCCUGCGUUGCUGUCGCGCUCUGUUGUCAGGUUACUUAACGUUCAGAAUCAGUGUAUUAUUAACUCAGUUUUACUUGCUGUCUUUAAGAGUAAGGGUUCGUGAGCUAUAACUCGUUAGUUCGUGAGAUCAUUGCCAUUUACGUCAUUGGAGGCUCCCGACGUUAACGCAGACUUUAUACCUUUCUAUGUCACAUUUAAUGACAUUUAAAGUACUAUUUGUUUGUGAAUUUACCUUCCAUUUACGUCUGCUUUUCUCACAAAUUUUCUUGGUAUUUUACCAUCUUUGUCUUGAUUAUUAUGCCUCACUCCAACCAACGACUUAAUGCCCCCGCCCAGUCCCCUCAUGGCAUCAAUUUUACCUUGCCCCAUUCCAGGCAACACGCUCGAGAACUUUAUUUAAUCCGCACCGAAUAAACCUUUUACUCUGUUGACGUUACCAAGGAGAUGGCGAAACACCACAAACUUGUGGAGGUUCACCCCGCUGGUGUUAUCUCUCAAGUUCAGUCCUUGCUAUCUAAUCCUCCUGCAGAUGCUCCCUGUUCCACGGUAAAGGCAGGAAUUCGUCGACUUAAUUUUUUGUCCGACCGACAGCGGUAUCGCCCGUUAAUUAAGCAGGAGUCACUGGGUGACCGGAAGCCCUCAGAACUUCUACGUCGAAUGCGUUCUCUCCUUGGAGACAUGCAGGUUGACGAUAAAUUCGUCAAGGAGAUGUUUCCAGAGCGUCUGUCUGCAGACGUUCAAACGAUUCUGGCGUCCGGUUCUCAAGAUCUCACGGCUGAGAUGGCUGAUAGAAUGAUGGAGGUGCAGCAAUUCCAGUCGCCUUCCGUUGCCCAGAUCUACACAUCCCCAUCGACAGUGAAUGAGCAGUUAAUGAGGCAAGUGUCGGCCAUGGCGGAUGAGAUGGCCUUACUUCCAGUCGCUCACGCAGCCGUCGUCGUUCUCAUUUGCGACCUCGGAUUGCCGAUACUUGUUGAUAUCGCACUAAUUUCUGCGUAAAGGCCCGUCGCUGUUCCUCGCCCUGCCCUUUUAGGCCGAAACAGGGAAACCAUUUAAUCAGAGAAUAGACGCGACCGUUUUCUCUGGCUCUUCCAGCUCUGGUCUCACCUUCUUUGUUUGCGACACUGCGACUCGCAGACGUUUCCUGGUGGACACUGGAGCCCAAAUCAGUGUUGUUCUCCCAACUCCAGCUGACCUGGUCUUCACUUCCAAGCUGUCAACUGUUCCCCCAUUCUCACUUUUGGCAGUCUGUCCCUCAUCCUGAACAUUGGCCUCCGUGGGUCGUUCACCUGGAUCUUUGUGAUUACUCAUGUACCUCGGGCAAUCCUCGGCUCGGACUUUCUUGACGAGUUCGACGUCCUUGUUGACUGCCGACGUUCCCGUCUUCUCGACCGCACAACCGGUCUGUCUGUUCGUGGACUAACUCCCUUUGCUGCCCCCACCAACUUAUCUGUCGCGGAUACAGAUGUUGCUAGCCGCUUUCGAGAACUGCUUCUUAGACACCCCAACAUAAUAAACUCCCAGUUUCUCAGUAGUUAGGUCCAAAAUGACGUUGUGCACUAUAUCCGCACCUCAGGUCCUCCCGUGUUUGCUCGGCCGAGACGACAAACACCGGAGCGUUUCCAGGACGCGAAGGCGGAGUUUAAACACAUGCUGCAAGUGGGAAUAAUUCGACGGUCCGAGAGCCUUUGGGCGUCCCCACUGCACAUGGUGCCCAAGGCGACAUCAGGUGAGCAGAGACCCUGUGGCGACUUGCGUGCCCUCAACAGAUCCACCAUUCCUGAUUGGCAUCCCGUGAUUCAUCUUCAGGACUUUUCUGGAGCCCUUUUCGGCAAAGCGGUUUUCUCGAAGAUUGAUCUGGUGUGUGCUUUUCACUAGAUUCCGGUCGCCCUGAGGACAUCUCUAAAACUGCCGUCACCGCACCCUUCGGUCUCUUCGAACUCAUCCCCAUGCCAUCCAGUCUUCGCUAUGCCACCCAAACGUUCCGGAGGUUAAUCGACCAUGUCUUACGUGGCCUACCCUUUGUGUACGCCUACAUUGAUGACCUCUUAAUGGCCAGCCGGAAUGAGAAGGAACAAAAAGAGCAACUUGCCUUGGUGUUUGACUGCCUUGACAAGUUUGGCGUUGUCAUCAACCCCUCCAAGUGCGUGUUGGGUGUGCCUUCGCUCGAGUUCCUCGAUCAUGUCGACUCGGAAGGUUUGCCUCCCCUCCAAGUUUGAAGCAAUUCGUGAUUUCCCUCCAUCAACUUGCAGGCGUCGGUUGCAGCGAUUCUUAGGCAUGGUCAUUUUUUACCGCCGGUUCCUACCGAACUGUGCUGACCUCAUGCGGCCGCUCAUCAACAUGCUUUCUGAUUCCAAUGGCCCCCUCGAGCUGACUGGUGAAGCACUGACUGCUUUUGAGAGAAUCAAGAAUUUCCUUGCCGACGCCACCUUACUCACGCAUUCCGCUCCCGAAGCUCAGCUAUCCCUGGUGAUAGAUGCUUUGACCGUAGCCAUAGGUACAGUCUUUCAACAAUACCUUGCUGGUUCGACUCAACCACUUGCCUUUUUCUCCAAAAAGCUCUUACCAGCUGAGACACGCUACAGUAUGUACCUUUGGUCGUUAAUUACUUGCCAUUUACCUGGCUGUGGAGCAGUUCCGGCAUUUACUUGAAAGUCGGGACUUCACUGUUUUCACAUACCACAAACCGUUGACUUUUGCACUUCGGUCCCACUCCGACAAGUACAAUCCGAGGGAAAUCGCCCACUUGAACUGCAUCUCCUAAUUCACCACCGACAUCCGCCACAUUGAUGGCACGAAGAAUGAGGUGGCUGAUAUGCUGUCCAGGCCCUUACUGUCUUCCCACCAACUCUCACAUGGGAUCGACCUUUGCGCCAUGCCGGCUGAGCAACAGCGAGUCGGUUGUCCUGGCGACGAGUCCUUUAGUGGUCUCCAACUCAAAGACAUUCCUCUGACUACCGGCGCUGGCACCAUACUUUGUGGUGUCUCGACUUCUUUUCAUCGUCCGUGUCCGCCUCGAUGCGCGAGCUGUAUUUCAAAACUUGCAUGGACUCUCCCACCCUGGGAUCCGAGCCUCUCAAAGGCUCCUCGGGGAAAGGUUUGUCUGGCCUGGCAGGGAAAAGGACGUCAAGGCUUAUGCCUGAUCGUGCCUGAAUUUCCAGCGCAGCAAGGUGCAACGUCACAAGUUCCCACCAGGCACUUUCCCCAGCCCUGACGCACGGUUCAGCCAAGUGCACCUGGAUGUCGUAAACCCAUUGCCUCCAUCCAAUGGUUUUAUCCACCUCCUUACCUGUGUCGAUCGAUAUAACUGCUGGGCUGAAGUUAUUCCUUUGCCGAACGUGCAGGCUGAAACCAUCGUGAAGGCCUUCGUCGGUCGUUGGGUCGCCAUGUUCGGUGUCCCAUCCACGGGUACGACUGAUCCUGGCGCCCAGUUUGAGUCUGCACUCUUCCAAACGCUACUCAAUUUUCUUGGCUGCACACGCAUUCGGACGACAACCUACCACCCAGCUGCCAACGGGAUGAUUGAGCGUUUCCAUCGCCAGCAAAGACCGCCCUCCGCGCCGUAGAAGACCCAGGAAGCUGGUCAGACAACCUUCCACUUGCACUCCUCGACAUCCGUGCAGCUCUGAAGUCGGAUCUAGACUGUAGCGCAGCUGAAUUGGUUUUCGGCACUACCCUCCGACUGCCUGGCGAGAUGGUCACCCCAACCUUUCGUGGGACCGAUGAGACUCUUAACAAUUUUGUGCACCGUCUGCGGCAGUUUUUGGGCUCGCUUUCCCCGGUCCCACCUCGAACUCCAAUGACUGAGUUUUAUGUCGAAAAAGACUUGGACAACUGCACUCAUGUGUUCGUCCGGUGUGACCGUGUGCGCCAGCCGCUGGAAUCACCAUACGAAGGGAAGUUCUGCGUGCUCGCAUGCAACGCCAAGACCUGCCGGAUUCUUCGCGUUGACAAGGAGAACUUGGUCAGUGUCGAUCAGGUCAAGGCUGCUGUUGCAGAGAACCGCCGGACUUGUCACAAGGACAAAAAUUUGCUGACCCCCUAA